AUGCUGCAUGCAGCUGCUGGGGCUGCCGUUUUCGGCGCCUCUGCAUAUUUAGGGUUUCGUUAUAAACUCUCCUCAGCCCCCGCCCCCCAGCAGGAGUCCUUUCCUACAGAGGCAGAGAGGAGACACAUCUUCUUUACGAAGGCCGACAGCUGGGACAGAGAUGUAGCCUUUCAGGAGCGGCUGCUGGGGAUCGGGCGCAUGCGGAGAGAGCUGGUGCAGCAGGCAGAGGGAGACGUGCUGGAGGUGGCAGCAGGCACCGGCCGCAACUUCGCCUACUAUGAUAAAGAGAAAGUCCGCUCUCUCACGGUGACGGAUUUCUGCAGCUCAAUGCUGCAGCAGGCGAAGGCAAAGAAAGGCCUUUGUUCUUAUGAGGACCCCGUCAAAACCCUCAAAGCUUUAGGCAACCAACUGGUGCCGGUACGUUCUAUAUAUAAAUAA